CUCGACACGGCCACCACCACAACCGAACACCCUGUUCCGAGCCGGUGAAAAAAAACGCCAAAAAACCCCACGUAGCGCACUAGCGUCUGUAGCUGCGCCACUGCCACCGCCACCGCCACCGCUGGCCAAAGCCAAUCCAAGCUUCCCGUUCCGCCCCCGUAAAAAAAGGCGUUCCAAGCGGCGGCGUACUUAUCGAAAUGGAGCUUGGGCCCCCCUCCUCAACACGGUGCGAAUGCCCGCAUUAACUAGAGCGCUGCGCUGUGCACUGCUCGCUGCACGGGUGGCACUCGCACGCGAGAAAGCACGCCGCGCAUUCGCCUCUCACGGCGAAAUGCUGUCGCAGCCCGCCGCGGCGCUGGCUCGCUUGCCCCCCGCGUCGGUGCGCGUCCUCGUCGGGUUCGGGGCGGCGCUGCUCGUCUCGCUCGUCGUCCUCCACCGCCGCCCCGCCGCGAGGGGGGCGGCGGGCGGCGGCGGCCCCGCGGAGUACGACCCGGCCGCGCGGUUCCUGGCCCUGUCCGAGGGGGCGAACGCGACCAUCGCCGCCGACCUGCGGGCGCUCACCGCGGGGCCGCACCUCGCGGGGACGGGCGCGGCGGCCGGCGCCGCCGCGCGGGUGCUCUCGGGGUUCCGCGCCGCGGGGCUCCGAACCCUAACGCGGGAGUACACGCCGCUGCUCUCGUACCCGGGGCACGCCUCCCUCGCGCUGCUCCGCGCCGACCGGACCCUCCUCGCGCACCUGUCCCUCGACGAGCCGGCGGACGUCGGGCGCCGCCUCGUGCGGCCGUACCACGCGUACGCCCCGUCCGGCGGGGCCGUCGCGGAGGCGGUGUUCGUCAACCUCGGCCGCGAGGAGGACUACCUCACGCUGGAGCGGCUCGGGGUGAGCGUCCGCGGCCGCGUCGCGGUGGCGAUCCGAGGAGGAGGCUACCGCGGCGGGGUGGUGCGCCGCGCCGCGGAAAGGAGCGCCGCUGCCGUUCUCAUUGCCGGCCACGCGGACGGCGGGGUCGAGAGGGGCACGGUAAUCCUCGGAGGCCCCGGCGACCCGCUCACCCCCGGGUGGGCCGCCACGGCCGGGGCGGAGCGCCUGGAUUUCGACCACGAGGAUGUUAAGCGGCGGUUUCCGGCCAUCCCAUCUAUGCCGGUGUCGGGCAAGACGGCUUCGGCUAUCAUACGGACACUAGGUGGCCCGGCUUUGCCGGCGGAUUGGCAGACCGGAGUUGGACUCCCGGUGGAUGUCGGCGGCGUUGGACCUGGUCCCACUCUGGUCAACUUCACAUAUCAGGAGGACAGGAAGAUGGGCAUGAUACAGGAUAUUUUUGCUAUUAUUAAAGGGUACGAAGAACCUGAUCGUUACGUUAUCCUUGGUAACCACCGAGAUGCAUGGACCUAUGGAGCAGUUGACCCUAACAGCGGGACAUCUGCGCUUCUUGAUAUUGCUCGGCGUCUUGGAAUAAUGCUGCAGUCAGGCUGGACACCACGGAGGACCAUCAUUCUUUGUAGUUGGGAUGCCGAAGAGUUUGGAAUGAUCGGAUCAACUGAAUGGGUCGAAGAGAACCUCGAAGAUCUGCAAUCGAAAGCUGUAGCUUACUUAAAUGUUGAUUGUGCGGUGCAAGGAAUUGGGCUUUUUGCUGGUUCUACCCCCCAGUUGGACAACCUCUUGGUCGAUGUUACAAGACAGGUAAAAGAUCCAGAUGUUGAAGGAAAAACAGUCCAUGAUACAUGGAAUAAAAUGACCGGAGGCAUCAAUAUAGAAAGACUUGCCAGAACUGAUUCUGACUUUGCUCCAUUUCUACAUCAUGCUGGGAUCCCCUGUAUGGAUUUAUACUAUGGAAAAGAAUUUCCUGGAUAUCAUACGGCUCUUGACUCGUAUCAUUGGAUGGAAAAGCAUGGUGAUCCACUGUUUCUUCGUCACGUGGCUAUUGUGGAGAUUUGGGGACUACUGGCCCUUCGAUUAGCAGAUGACCCUGUGCUGCCUUUUGAUUAUCAAACAUACGCUUCCCAGUUGCAGGAGCAUGCAAAUGCAUUCUCUAGUAUGAUGGAAAAUAGCAAAUGGGUUCAUUUGCUGAAUAGAUCCAUUGAAGAUCUUUCUGAUGCAGGCUUAGAAUUUCUGAAAGAGGCAAAGAAAUUACAGGACCAAAAUAUAUCCGAUGGGUACUCUCUGAUGAGGCGGCGAUUGUUGAACGACCGUCUUCUACUUGCUGAAAGAAGCUUUCUGCAAGCUGAUGGACUUCAGGGAAGAGGAUGGUUCAAGCAUCUGGUGAGCCUUAAGUGGGUCAGCCAUGAACCCACUUAUAGGUCAAAAUAAGCAGGUCUGCGGCUUAUUUUGGCCUAUAAGUGGGUUUCGCGGAUGUACUCGCCUCCGGAGGACUACGAAAGCAAGCUCUCGUUUUUCCCUGGGGUGGCGGACGCCAUCUCCCGGUCGAGCAAUCGAAGCGCGAAAGAACAGCAGGCGGCGGUGCGGCAUGAGGUGCGGAAAAUCUCUAGGGCAAUCCAAAGAGCAGCUGAUGUUCUUAGAGGCGAAUUCAGUAAUAGGAACGAAUCUUUAUACUCUAGCCUUUCUGUGGCUCCAUAAAAACUGUGUAUAAAUAAAAUCGAUUGGGGUUUGAGAAAUGAAAUCUUGUUCCUGUGCGAAGGUGGUUUUA